GUCUGGCCCCUUCGGGGUUUGGACUCGCGGUCAAUUUGUAUUAUGUACAAAUACAGACAGACAGGCAGGCACCAAUGAGUGAGUGAGUGACACGCACUGCACCGCACGACAGCCAUGCCAUCCACACUCACGCACAGAUAGAUGGAUGUCCACGGUCACACAUGCAGACAUACACACAAACAUCACACACGGGAAAAAGAUCGAAUGGACGCCUCUCGCCAGCUGAAGAAACAUGAAGCCCGGCCUGGCCUGGCCGUGAUGGAUGGAUGGAUGGAUGGUCGGACGGACAGACAGAAGAGUGAUUUCGGGAUGGAUGGAUGGAGGGGCGCCCCUAGAUCACUCAUCUGUCCGUCCAUCCAUCCAUCCACCCGUACACACCACACCGUACCGCACACCUUGCAAUGCAUUCAAUGCCAUCACAUAUAUCAGUCCUGCCGGCCUCUAUGCACACACCCGUGCGUCAGUCAGGACACGCCGGCGAGCCCUGCCAUCGCGUGUUAGCCUGGCUGGCCUGGCCUGGUCGCUUCCCUCACCUCCUUCCCCUUCCCCCUUGUUGGUGCUAUCGGUCAGUCAGUCAGCCAAAGUAGUGCGAUCCAUGUGUCUGUCGAUGUAUCUAUCUAUCGGCUGGUCUGGUCUUUUGCCUGCCUGCCUGUGUCUCUCUCCGGGGGUGGGUGUGGUGUGAAGCGGGGGAGCUAACGGUUGGCCUCACGGAGGAUGGAGAGGAUGUACAAAAAGAUCUGACGGGGACACACAGACGGACAGACAGACAGACAGACAGGCAGACAGACACACAGGGCAUGGCAUGGCAUGGCAUGGCACACACGAGAUACGGCAGGGAACUCAGUUGCUGCGUGUGUGUGUGCGUGUGUGAGGGUUUCGACUGGCGCACCUGGAUGAUGUCGAUGUAGAGCAUCAGAGCGGCGAAGCAGUAGUCAUCCUGACACAGGCAGACAGACAGACAGACAGGAGGGCGAGAGAGUGAGUGCAGGCGUUCGAGGAGGCCCUGCCUGUUCGUCAUCUGUUCUGUUCCUCACCACGCUGAAGGCAAAGCGAUAGUGCUUCUUGCCCACCUACAGACAGACACAGCAAGACAAACAAAGCAGCACAGCCCCAGCCAGACACACAGAUGCUAUCUAUGCUCUCCUCACACCACAGGCAGUGCUGUCUGUCUGUGCUGUGCUCCAUUACUCCAUGCAUGUUAUGUUUCUUACGAUGAGUUGCGUGUCGUAGACGAGGUAGAUGGAGAAGAGGAGCACCCCCAGGCCGGCGUAAAUGAUAUGGGCCCAUUUGAAGUGCAAGCCACACGCCGACAUUAUCAUCAACACCAGUCCCGUCAGAAACAGGGCGAUGCAGCAUACGAACAAGUACGGACCAAUGCCCGUGAAGUCGUAUCUGAGGGACACACGCACAGACACACCAAUCCACCCAUUCUAGAACCACUCCUCUCCCCCUGCCCUGUGUGCGAAGAAAGGAAGCUGCUGACUGACUUGGUCUGGAAGGCGAACAGAGUGAGGGACAGGACGAUGCCCGUCGUGAGGGCCGCGGCGACCAGGACGAGCUGCGGGUCCGUGAAGGCGCAGAUGCUGCCCACCAGCAGCCCCUCCACGGCCGUCCACACACCCAGGAGGAUAUAGUUGGUCGGGAACUGACGCAUCAGGCCGGAGAAACACAUCAUCACAAAGGUCAGCACCAACUACACACACACACACACACAGGCACACACACACACACACACAGGCACACAGAAAGUUGCGAAAGCAAUGAUCUGUCAUUGGUCAAUCGGCUUGUGUGUGUGUGUGACGUGUGUGGUGUGUGAUGCCCACUUACCUGAACGGCCAUGGCCACCCAGAGAAUGGCUGCGUUUUUGGCGAUGAAGAGUUUUGCGGCGUCUGUGCAGAGACAGGCGGCCAUGACGGUCGUGAUGAGCAGCUGCACCGACAAAAUCCCGUACACCUUCCGGAUGAACCCGUGGCGGAUCCUGCAGCCAGGCAGCCAGGCAGGCAGGCAGGCAUCGCACCGAUGAAACCAGCCAACACAAGAGGCGACGCACGCCAACGCAACAUAACACCACACCCUCGUCUCGUUUGGUGCCCGUAGGAAAGCCACCGCUUGCUUUGCUCCCCUCCCUCCCUGAGUUGUAAGGCCUUACGUGGUGUGGACAUCGUCGGUCAGCACUUGAUGUCCGUCUUGGACAGGAGAAAUGAGGCCCUUCUCCUCGGCGUCGCUGUCCUGCCAUGACGCGUAGUUGGGGCUGCGCUGGGUGGUCGUCAUCCUCACGAGAAGCUGCUCGCUGGUCUCUCCCGAUUCAGAAAGCGGAAAGUGGCUCAGGCUACUGCUGG